CCAAUCCCGCCUUCCGGCAGAGCCAAAAACUCCCUCAAAAAGGGAGAACCAAAAAAUCGCCGGCACAAAAUAGGAAAACAGAUUCAUCCCAGCCAAAAAAAAAAAAAAAACACAAAGAACCCAAACAUCGCCGGCGCCGGGGCCGGGAAGAAGGAAGAAGCUGCAAAAAAAAAAAAAAAUAAAGAGGAAGGAAAUGAAGCUAUGGAGGAAAGCCGCCGGUGCCGUGAAGGACCAGAACAGCAUCCUCCUAGCCAGCUUCCUGACCCCUCGGAGCUCUUCCCGGGACGGCAGCCUCGAGGCGGCGAUCAUCAAGGCCACCAGCCACGACGGCGACAGCGUCGACUACCGCCACGCGCGGCGCGUGUUCGAGUGGAUCAGGACGUCGCCGGUGAGCCUGAAGCCGCUGGUGUGGGGUCUCAGCGUGAGGAUGGAGAGGACGCAGAGCUGGGUCGUGGCUCUGAAAGGUCUCAUGUUGAUGCACGGCAUCUUCUGUUGCGACACGCCGGCGGUUCACCGGAUCGGAAGGUUGCCGUUCGAUCUGUCGAAUUUCGCCGACGGGCAUUCGAAUCCGACGAAGGUGUGGGGGUAUAAUACGUUCGUUAGGGCCUACUUCACGUUCUUGGAUCGGAGAUCCUCCCUCUUGUACCCCACUUGCAGCACAAACCACAAGUGCAGAAGGAUGUUGUCGUCAAAAAGAACGGCCGCCAUGACUACUCCUCCUCCGGCGGCCAACGACGAGGACAACCAUGAUGAUCACGAUGUGGUUACGAUCACAAAGCUGGAACUGUGGCAAGAGAUCCAGAAGCUGCAGAAGUGGCAGAAACUGCUGGACCUUCUCCUCCAAAUCAAGCCGCUGGCCGACAACAUGAAGCGAGACGCUCUGAUAAUGGAAGCCAUGGACUGCGUCAUCGCGGAGAUCUUCGACCUCUACGGCAACAUCUGCAGCGGGGUUUCACGGGUCCUGAUGGAGGUCCACUCGGCCGGAAAGGCAGAGUCCACCAUGGUACUUCGUGUGCUGCAGAAGGCCAGGGUUCAGGGCAAGAACAUGGUUCUCUACUUCGAGUUCUGCCGCGCAUUUGGAGUUUUCAGCGCCAUGGAGGUCCCCAAACUGGAAGAGAUGGUGGCGAAGAAAGGAGGGGAUUACUACAAAGCUACCUCCGACGCCGGCGCCGGAUUUCCCCUUCACGAAAAGAGCUACAAAGCUGCAAUGGAAGAUGAUGAUGGUGGUGAAGUGACGAAGAAGAAGAUGAUGAAUGUGAGCAUUACUGCUAGUGGGAGGUUGCAGACGGUGAUAACGGACGAAUGGGAGGUGUUUGAUGAUGAUAACGAUCAAGAUUCCGUCGGUAAUUAUGGCGAUUUGUUGUCGAUAUGUGACGUUGGGUCGUCGCCGCCGACGAAUCCAUUUGAGAUGCCGGACGAUCAGCUGAUGGAUCUGCUAUCUACUCUGCCCACGCCUACUCAUGAACAAUAUCAGCUUUGUGUGUAUAAACAAGAUGAGCUUCCUGAUUUGAUUAGUUUCUAA